AUACACAAAAAAUUUGAAAAUAAUAAGAAUAUUAAAAAAUAUCAGAAUUUUAAUAAAUAUAAUAUACAUUACAAGGUACCACUGGUACCAGCGCUGUUUGUAUAAUAGGUAUUAAUAAUAUAUAAAAAGAAGAAAUCAUUUGGUUGACACUAAAAUGACAGAUUUUAGGUUGUAAAAAGUAAAUAAACAAUCUGUAUUUUUUGGUAUUUGUGCCUGAAUUCGCCAAAAUUUUAAUAAAUAUUACAAUGUGCACUUUAAAAUUAAAAGAAUCAAAUAAAGACCUUUCUAAACAGGAAGAAAUUGAUGAAGAGGUUAAUUUCAGAAUAUACAGUAUACUUUCCUAUUUUGUGGUAUUAAUUGUAGUAGGAUUACCAAUAUGGUGGUACACAACGAGAGUAUACAGAGCAACCUUACCAAUAGGACAAAUGGAAGAUGCUAAUUUAAAUAAUUACACAGAUAAAGAAUUUGGAACGCCUUUAAGUUUGGAAUAUGAUAUUUUAAUAACUUUUGUGCACCCAGAUCCUCUUAAUCCCAAGAUUCUAAUAAAAGGAGAAGAUAUUGAAGAGCAUUUACGACCGUAUUUAGAUAAAAUAUCGCCUAUAUCUGAGUUUAUAGUAAAAUCACAAUGGUUGUAUCUUCUAGACCUAGGAGUAUCUCCUACAAAAAAUGAGGAUCAUUAUUGUCUAAAGAAAGAUCAAUUACCUCACAUAAUUACACCUUUAGAAGCUAAAUUGUGGUCUCACAUGUCACCUAGACCUACAAUAAAUUUAUUGAUAUAUUUUCAAUGUUGCAAUGAUUUGCCUUUGUAUAUUUUUGAUGAAAAAAACGAAAGAGUAGCAAGUAAUGCUUUUUUAAGUUCUAGAUGGGGCGGUAUUUAUAUAAUCAACCCUGAUAAACAGUCGUGUGAAAAUGGAGUUUUUAAACCAAAUAUGCAAUCUAUCAUUUCAACAUUUAUAACCCAAAUCCAAAAAUUAUUCAAAAUCGAUAACAUUUUAGAUCCUGACAAUAUUUAUGAGUUAAAAAUGAGGAAAAGCACAGAAAUGAUAGAUUCGACAAGAAGGACUCUUAGAUCACUAGCUGAGCUUCUGUCUGAGAUUAAAUCUAUUGUCAUUAGUGAAGAAGUGGGAGAGAAAAUAAGUAUUGCUGUGGAAAGUGCUGAUGAGGCAGAAGAAUUUUUGAAAAAUGGUGAUGUUGAUAAGGGAUUAGAAAUUGCCAAAGUUGCUUUUAAGAGUUCUGAAGAAGCUUUUAGUGACCCUUCAUUGUUGUCCUUGUUAUAUUUUCCAGAAGAUCAAAAGUAUGCUGUAUAUAUUCCUCUGUUUUUGCCAAUUAUGAUUCCAGUCAUCAUGUCUUUAUCAACCUUAAGAACGUGGAUAUCAAAUAAAAAAUUGAAUGUAGAAUAAUAAUUGUAAAAUAAAAAUUCAC